GCCGGGCUGAGUCACUCCCCGCGCCAGCCCCGCCGCGGCGGAGCCGAGCGGAGGGAGCCCGGGAUCUGUGGACGCAGCACCACGAUGGCGAGGAUGAAGCAGGCGAUGAUCGCCCUGAUAGGGCUCUCUCUGCUGCUGGUGGUGGCCGUGCAUACAGGUAGUGGGGGGUUAUCCCUGGGUCUCCACCUUGCUCCGAUUCCUGCAGCAUGGCUGAGAGGAGCCUGGCAUCAAGGUGACUUCUGCGACGUAAACCACUGUCAGAAUGGGGGCACCUGCCUGACCGGGAUUAAUGAGAGCCCCUUCUUCUGCAUCUGCCCUGAUGGCUAUGUUGGGAUUGACUGCAAUGAGACGGAGAAAGGCCCCUGCCACCCCAAUCCUUGCCACAACGGUGGCGAGUGCCAGCCGGUCCCGAACAGGGGAGACGUCUUCACCGACUACAUCUGCAAGUGCCCUGCGGGGUACGAUGGGGUGCACUGCCAGAACAGCAAGAAUGAGUGCUACUCCCAGCCUUGCAAAAAUGGAGGCACCUGCCUGGACCUGGAUGGCGACUACGCCUGCAAGUGCCCUUCUCCGUUCUUGGGGAAGACCUGCCACGUCCGCUGUGCAGUUCUCCUGGGCAUGGAAGGAGGAGCCAUCUCUGAUGCCCAGCUCUCAGCAUCCUCUGUCUACUAUGGCUUUCUUGGCCUCCAGCGCUGGGGCCCAGAGCUUGCCCGCCUCAACAACCAUGGCAUUGUCAACGCCUGGACCUCCAGUGACUACGACAAGAGCCCCUGGAUCCAGGCCAACCUGCUGCGGAAGAUGCGGCUGACCGGGAUCAUCACGCAAGGCGCCAGCCGGGUGGGCAAGGCAGAGUAUGUCCGUGCCUACAAAGUGGCCUACAGCCUGGAUGGGCGCAGCUUCACCUUCUACAAGGACGAGACGCAGGAUGCAGACAAGGUGUUCCAGGGGAACGUGGACAAUGGCAGCAUGCAGACCAACAUGUUCAACCCUCCCAUCACCGCCCAGUUCAUCCGCAUCUACCCCGUGAUGUGCCGCCGGGCCUGCACGCUGCGCUUCGAGCUCAUCGGCUGUGAGAUGAAUGUUUAUUUCAACACGGCAGGUUGCUCGGAGCCUCUUGGCAUGAAAUCCCACCUGAUCUCUGACCAGCAGAUCACAGCCUCCAGUGUCUUCAAGACCUGGGGCAUUGAUGCCUUUACCUGGCACCCCCAUUACGCUCGCCUGGACAAGACAGGCAAAACCAAUGCCUGGACAGCACUCAACAAUGGCCAGUCUGAGUGGCUGCAGAUCGACCUCCGGGACCAGAAGAAGGUGACAGGCGUCGUCACGCAAGGAGCCCGUGAUUUUGGCCACAUUCAGUACGUGGCAGCCUAUAAGGUGGCUUACAGUGACAACGGCACAUCCUGGACCCUCUACCGGGAUGGACAGACAAACAGCACUAAGAUCUUCCACGGUAACAGUGACAACUACUCACACAAGAAGAACGUGUUCGACGUGCCCUUCUAUGCCCGCUUUGUGCGCAUCCUGCCCGUGGCCUGGCACAACCGCAUCACCCUGCGCGUGGAGCUGCUGGGCUGCGACGAGUAGGAGCCUGGGCAGGAAGGAUGGGGCUGCUCUUCCCUGCUGCCCAGCCCACACCCUGCCUGCUCCUGCCUGCUCCUGCUCUGACCUCACAUCCCCCUCUCCAUGUCCCUAUAUUCAGGAGGCGGCCGGGAGGGCUCUCCUGCCCCACGUUGGCUCUGGGGCCGCAGCACUGCACUUUAUGGGGCUCUUGCAGGUGGGAUGCGGGGAUGGCUCCUGCCCUUUGCCCCGCUAGCCAGACCCCCUCCUGCCACCAGGGCUUGGCUGGGAGAACCUUUUCUGCAACUGGGGCUUCUUUGGGGGACCCCAUCCUGCGAAUGGAGCUUUUCUGGGGGACCCCAUCCUGCAACCAGGGCUUGGCUGCAUCCUGCCAUCUAAGCCUGGAGAAAAAUGUUCUCCCCCUUUUUGCUUCUGUUUCCAGCAGAGAGGCUGCAGCCAGGGACAGUCCCCUGCCUCCACUGGGGCUCCAGACUCAGCAGUUUUGGGGGGCUUAAGGCAGGCACCCCAGCCUCACAGCCUCUGAUGUCCCUCCUGCUCCUGCAAGCAGGGUCUCCAAAAAACAUACUUGGCUGUUGUCCCCUGCCGAUUUUGCCAGGCCCCGUGUCUCCUUGCCUGCGAUGUCAGCGCCGCAUAGUGUGAGGGGAGUGAUGAGAUGGCUCCUGUCAGGAGGCACCAAGUCCCCAUUGCUGGUGGCUCUGCCCGACAGGCUCAGUGCCUGGUGUUUUGGCAGGCAUUCGCCUUCCUGGGGUGCAGGCUCCAGCAUCCUCCAAGUCUCAGCAUUGCUGCUGUCCCCACUUUACUGCAGUCUGAGGUGCCUGCAGCUCCCUUGUCCCCAGAACCAAGUGAUGACCAGGGGGGCUGCAAUCUGGCAGUGAGGGGCAGAUGGUUUGUAGCCACAAGGGUGCAGGGAAAAGAUGGGAAAGGUGGUGGUUAAGCCGCCCAAAUGCAGUAGGAAGGGAGCUGUGCCAUGACCCUCUUUAUAACCCGAUUUUUUCCCUUUCCAUGGGGUGGAGGGGAGCCUCUUGCAAUACUCAAGUCCUUGGGAUUAGCAGUAGGAGACAAGCAAGACCUGGCACUGGCAAGCGGGACUGCAGGCAGGGUGUCUGGGCAGCAGCACUGGCAGUGAUGCUUCCCCACGUGCUGGGAUGUGAAGUGGCCGUGGGGCCGGGCCAGUGGUGUGUUCGCUUUGGCAAGCAUCGAGGGAGCCCAGGGGGGAUGGCAGUGGUGGCCCCGCUCCGGGGUGUCUCUUACAGUAUUAAAACCAGCUGAAACCUU